CAGGGCUUGGGCAGUCCCACAGGCCUGGUGACUUCCUUGACUGCUUAAUCUUGGCCAUGUGACUGGAUCCUACUGAGACCCAGUGGUCCAGGGAAGUGAAAGCAUCUUGGAGCCAGAGAAAGGAUCUAGAGGGUCAUCCACUUUACAAACCAGCAGACAGACAGAUGACCGCUCAAGAGGGCUGAAAUCCCCGAACCCAACCGAGUCAUUCUUCCGGGAUCACUGCUUGCUCACUCGGAUUCUUCUGGCUCUACAGCUCAAGUUUUCUUUCGUUUUUUGUCAGAUAGUCUUGGCUGACCCUACGGCUGGCUGGGAGUCUGGAGUCGGGUGAAGGAGCUCCGCCUUCGGGGGCAGGGGUGUGUGUGUCACCCCCGACUGGGAGCUGGGCGCAGCGCGGGCUCCCCGGUACUGACCAGACGUCGGUUCGGGACAGCGCGCGAGGGACAGAAGGCUCCACCACCUCGCGCCCCAUCCCCUCCCGAGCUUGGCACACGGAUCAGAGCCUCCGCAAAACAUCAGUCAGGGUGAAGAAGUGAAAGCUGUAGAGAAUCGGCUGGAUGUCGGCUAGGUGACCUCGUCUCAAGCUCCGCAGAGGCCUGAGAUGAGGCGGGGCUUUGGACCCUUGCCCCUUGCGUUCUUGUUGGCGCUGCUGACCCUGCCAGGCGAUGGCAACCAGGGAAGUGUCUCUGGAGGUUGUUCCUGUGAUCGUACAAUUCCUUCUGGCACCCAGAUACCGCCUGGUACUUUGGAUCAUAUCCGAAAAUACCUGAAAGCAUUCCAUCGCUGUCCGUUCUUUAUCAGCUUCCAGUUGCAGUCCAAGAGCGUGUGUGGGAGAAGCCAAGACCAGUGGGUCCGUGAACUAGUGAACUGCUUUGAGCAUAAAGAGUGUGGAACUGAUCAUGAGAAGAGUUUCCACCACCAAAAACAUUUGCCUCAAGCCAGUAUCGGGAUCCCUGAGGCCACAGAGGGGACACUUGCAGGCACAAGCACCCCUGCACCGAUUCAGAGCACCCAGCAGUCCACUCUUCCAUCGGGAGCACUGUCCUUGAACAAACAGCUCACCCAACACAGGGAAACGACCAUUCUUCCUUUAGGCUAUGGUCUGGAAGCUGGGCCUGAGGCUAAAGACAAACAGCAAGAUGACAAACAGCAAAAAGAACCAGGAGCGGGCACACGAGCCUUGGUACCAGUGCUGUCCCUCCUGGCCAUUGUCUUCUUCCUCAUAGCAGCCAUGGUCUAUAUGCUGUGCAACAGGAGAGUGACACGGCAGAGCUCUGCAGGUGUGCAGCUCUGUUAUACACCUGUUGAACCACGACCCCAGCGCCUGGAGCAAGAAUGGAAGCUCGUGAGGGAUGACUUGGGAGAGGUGGCAGACAGGGCGGCAGGCUAGCUCCAUCAGUGAACUGAACCUGAGCUCAUUCUUCCUUAUGCUGUUUUGAGACAAAGUACCAAUAUAUAUAUAACCGCGGACAGCUUUAACUACUGCCUUUACAGUACCUCCUAGAUUCUGCAAUUAGAGAUACAUGCUACCACAUCUGCCCUCAUUUACUUUCAUAAGGUAUGAGUUUUCAGGUUUUUGUUUUGAUUAGCUGGGAUCUUAUUUAGUCCAAGGCGGCCUCAAAUUCCCUAUGUACGUGAUUACAUAUCCCUAGGUUUCCUGCCUCCACUUUCCGUAGUGCUGGGAUUAAACCCUUACUAAACACUUUUUUUUUUCUUUUUUGGAGACAGGGUUUCACUAUUCAGCCCUGACAGUCCUAGGGCUCAGAAAGAUCUGCCUGGGCGGAUUUCUGAGUUGGAGGCCAGCCUGGUCUACAGAGUGAGUUCCAGGACAGCCCGGGGUAUACAGAGAAACCCUGUCUCAAAAAACCAAACCAAACCAAAACAAAACAAAACAACAACAAAGAAAGAUCUGCCUGCCUCUGCAGUGUUGUGAUUAAAGGACUGCCCUUGAAGGAACCACUCUUUACAACUAAUAAUAUAUGAAUAGCCCCCCUGCCCUUAGCCUCUCCCCUGUCUCUAAUAAAAUACUCUCAAAUAUGUGGUUCAAAGUGUAGCCCCGAGGUAGAGUGCCUGCCUAGCAUGUGUAAAGUUCUAGGUUCAACCUGCCCACUAUCAGAUUAAUUUUAAAAAGUGUCUGCUUUUUACAUUGUGUAACAAUAAACUAGACAGAUUCUAUGUUUUUAACUGUAA